AUGUCAUCCAACCCUAACGAGCUUGGCCGCAUCAACAAAGACGUCCUUAUUCCUGUAGUCCGAAUCGGAGCUGGAGUCGGGGGAUUUCAGAGUUGGGACGAUGAUGAUGUGAAUGAUCGCUUCUCUCUGAAGCUGAGGAGGAGUCGAUUUCAUCCUAAGGUGAGACUCCAGUUCCAAGUUCCCGAGGUGGACGAAAAGUUCAAGGAACUCCUUGAUAAAGAUUUAGAUAUCACGUUGGCUGGGGUCCAUAAGGAGAAGAAAUUGUCUUUCAUCAAAGCAUGGGAGGAAAAUAAAAAGUCAAAGGUGAGCAGGUAG